AAAGUGCUGGGAUUACAGGCGUGAGCCAUCGCUCCUGGCCUCCUGCUUCUUUCUUCCCUGUGCCCAACCAUUUGUUCCCACUCAGACGUGUUUGAUUGGGGCUCUUUCCUCUCAGGAUCCUGCUCUUUUCCUGAAAGAGAAUCUCGAGGAUAUAUCAGCUCGAGGUCUUCCCGAAGCCAGGUCCAAGGAAUCGGUGAGUUUCAAGGAUGUGGCUGUGGACUUCACCCAGGAGGAGUGGGGUCAACUAGACUCCCCUCAGAGGGCCUUGUACCGGGAUGUGAUGUUGGAGAACCACCAGAACCUUCUUGCCCUAGGACCUCCAGUGCACAAGCCAGAUGUGAUCUCUCAUCUGGAACGAGGCAAGGAGCCAUGGAGCAUGCAGAGGGAAGUCCCUGGAGGGCCCUGUCCAGAACGGGAGCUGAAGGCGGUGCCCUCUCAACAGCAGGGCAUUUGCAAAGAAGAAGCGGCCCAGGAGCCCAUCAUGGAGCGGCCCCUGGGCGGGGCUCAGGCGUGGGGGCGCCAGGCAGGUGCUCUGCAGAGGAGUCAGGCUGCGCCCUGGGCGCCCGCACCUGCCAUGGUCUGGGAAGUCCCUGCAGAGGAAUUCCCCCUCAGGUGUCCCCUCUUCGCCCAGCAACGUGUUCCCGAGGGCGGACCCUUGCUGGACACACGCAAGAACGACCAGGCCACGGAGGGCAGAACCAAGUCCCCCGCGAGACUGUGUGCAGGGGAAAACGCCUCCACGCCAAGUGAGCCAGAAAAGUUCCCCCAGGCGCGCCGGCAGCGCGGGGCGGGCGCCGGGGAGGGCGAGUUCGCGUGCGGGGAGUGCGGGAAGGCGUUCCGCCAGAGCUCCUCCCUCACGCUGCACCGGCGCUGGCAGCGGGAGAAGGCUUACAAGUGCGAUGAAUGCGGCAAGGCCUUCACCUGGAGCACCAACCUUCUGGAGCAUCGGCGCAUCCACACCGGCGAGAAGCCGUUCUUCUGCGGCGAGUGCGGGAAGGCCUUCAGCUGCCACUCGUCCCUCAACGUGCACCAGCGCAUCCACACGGGCGAGCGGCCCUACAAGUGCAGCGCCUGCGAGAAGGCCUUCAGCUGCAGCUCGCUGCUCAGCAUGCACCUGCGGGUGCACACUGGCGAGAAGCCCUACCGGUGCGGCGAGUGCGGCAAGGCCUUCAACCAGCGCACACACCUCACACGCCACCACCGCAUCCUCACGGGCGAGAAGCCCUACCAGUGCGGCUCCUGCGGCAAGGCCUUCACCUGCCACUCGUCCCUCACCGUGCACGAGAAGAUCCACAGCGGGGACAAGCCCUUCAAGUGCAGCGACUGCGAGAAGGCCUUCAACAGCCGCUCGCGCCUCACCCUCCACCAGGGGACGCACACGGGCGAGAAGCCCUUCAAGCGCGCCGACUGCGGGAAGGGCUUCAGCUGCCACGCGUACCUGCUCGUGCACAGGCGCAUCCACAGCGGCGAGAAGCCCUUCAAGUGCAGUGAGUGCGGCAAAACCUUCAGCUCCCACGUCUACCUCAUCGUGCACCGGCGCAUCCACACAGGCGAGAAGCCCUUCGACUGCAGCCAGUGUUGGAAGGCCUUCAGCUGCCACUCGUCCCUCAUCGUGCACCAGCUCAUCGACACCGGUGAGAAGCCCUACAAGUGCAGCGAGCGCGGCAGAGCCUUCAGCCAGAACCACUGUCUCAUUAAACAUUAGAAAAUCCACUCCGGGGAGAAGUCGUUUAAGUGUGAGGCAUGUGGGGAGAUGUUCAACUGGAGCUCGCACCUCACUGAGCACCAGAGGCUGCACAGCCAGGGGAAGCCCUUGGCCAUCCAGUUCAACAAACUGCUCAGCACCUACUACGUGCCUGGCAGCCUGCUGGGUGCAGGGGAUGCUGGACUGAGGGACGUGGACCCCAUCGACGUGCUGGACGUGGCAAAGCUCUUGUGCGUGGGUCCCCCCCGAGCUGGCAGGAAUUUCUCCCUGGGGAGCAAACCUCGAAACUAGCAUGAUGUGCUUUGGUGUCAGUAGCCGCUUUCUGAGCUACACAACAAGGAAAGCACCCUGAUCCUCCCUGGCUCCUAGAUCCAGACCACCUUCCUCCAGGUGUGGGAGCCUUGCCUUAUCACCCCAAUCAGGUCUGCAUGCCAGGGUGCCUCCUCUAGUUAAAGUCAGUCACCUCCCCAGAAGGGCCACACUCCAGGAGGAGAGUUGAGAGUCAUUUGAGGUAGUCUUGCCACCUGUUUUCCUUGAUGGGCCUGGAAGUUGUUGACAAGGGGAAAGAUCUUUCUUGCCAAUAAAAAGAAGGGUUAUCGUUGGGUGCCAUGGCUCACACCUAUAAUCUUAACACUGUGGGAGGCCAAGGCAAGGGGAUCACUUGAGCCCAGGAGUCUAGGACCAGUCUGGACAACAUGGUGAGACCUCGUCUCUACAAAAAAUGCAAAAAUUAGCCAGAUGUGGCGGCAUGUCCCUGUGGUCCCAGCUACUCAGGAGGCCGAGGUGGGAGGAUCAUUUGAGCCUAGGAGGUCAAGGCUGCAGUGAGCCAUGAUUCACAGCACUGCACUGCAGCCUGGGUGACAAAGCAAGACCCUAUGUGAAAUGAAAAGGAGGUAUAUCAACUGUCGUAUCCUCGGACGGGCUCCUGACAUGGCUUUAAUCAGGAGUUUCCUCCAUAAACUAUGAUUUUCAGAAUAAUAAAACAAGAAUUAUGACUAGCA